GCAGUGACAUAGAGGGAGCGUAGGAGGCUGAGAGGAGGGAGACGGGAGCAGCAGCGGCAGAGGGGUUUGUACAUAGGUCCCAAGGUAAAGGCGCUUCCCAGCAGGGUUCUGAGAACCGAGCCGGUCUGCAGGACCCCUCCGCUCACUCCUCUACGCCAGAGUCGGCUGAGGGCUGAGUCCUGACCAGUUUAGGGACAUCCGCAGUGGGGCCGUUGCAUUAUUUUGGUUGGGAUAGGAAAGGGGCUCCGCUAAGUGGGUCCUGCUGCCUGGCCUGUGACCAUUACAGGGUUUGUGGAUGCACUUAGAUGUUUGCAAUGAGCACUGUGGCUGGAAUGCCCCAGUGUUUUGGAUACCAAUGCACAGGACUCCAUAGUAAUCGAAUUUAUCAGAAACGAACGUCAUGAGCAUAGUGAUCCCGCUUGGGGUUGACACAGCAGAAACGUCUUAUUUGGAAAUGGCUGCAGGCUCAGAACCAGAAUCUGUAGAAGCUAGCCCUGUGGUAGUUGAAAAAUCGAACAGUUAUCCGCACCAAUUAUAUACCAGCAGUUCUCAUCAUUCUCACAGUUAUAUUGGUUUGCCUUAUGCGGACCAUAACUAUGGUGCUCGUCCUCCUCCAACACCUCCAGCAUCUCCUCCUCCAUCCGUUAUUAUCAGCAAGAACGAAGUAGGAAUAUUUACCACUCCGAAUUUUGAUGAAACUUCUAGUGCUACUACCAUCAGCACAUCAGAGGAUGGAAGUUAUGGAACUGAUAUUACCAGGUGCAUUUGCGGUUUUACCCAUGAUGAUGGAUACAUGAUCUGUUGUGACAAAUGCAGUGUUUGGCAGCACAUUGACUGCAUGGGUAUCGACAGGCAGCAUAUUCCUGAUAUAUAUUUGUGUGAACGUUGUCAACCUAGAAGUUUAGAUAAAGAAAGGGCAGUGCUACUUCAGCGAAGAAAAAGGGAUAAUAUGUCAGACGGGGAUACAAGUGCAACUGAAAGUGGUGAUGAAGUUCCUGUGGAACUGUAUACUGCUUUUCAACACACCCCAACUACAAUUACUCUAACUGCUACAAGGGUUACUAAGGUUAAUGACAAGAAAAGGAAAAAAAGUGGAGAGAAAGAGCAGAACAUUGCAAAAUGUAAAAAGGCUUUUCGUGAAGGAUCUAGGAAAUCUUCAAGAGUUAAGGGUUCAGCUCCGGAGAUUGAUCCUUCUGACAGUUCAAAUUUUGGAUGGGAAACUAAAAUCAAGGCAUGGAUGGAUCGUUAUGAAGAAGCAACUAAUAACCAGUACAGUGAAGGUGUUCAGAGAGAGGCGCAAAGAAUAGCUCUGAGACUAGGCAAUGGAAAUGACAAAAAAGAAGUUAGCACCAGCAACCUGAUCUUCAAACCUCCAGUAGAGAGCUAUGUGCAAAAAAACAAAAAAAUUCUAAAAGCUGCCAAAGACUUGCCUCCAGAUGCGCUUAUUAUUGAAUAUAGAGGAAAGUUCAUGCUGAGAGAACAAUUUGAAGCUAAUGGGUAUUUCUUUAAAAGGCCAUACCCUUUUGUUUUGUUCUAUUCCAAAUUCCAUGGACUAGAAAUGUGUGUUGAUGCAAGAACCUUUGGAAAUGAAGCUCGAUUCAUUAGACGGUCUUGUAUGCCCAAUGCGGAGGUGAGACAUGUAAUUGAAGAUGGAACAAUUCAUCUUUAUAUUUACUCCAUCCAAAACAUUCCAAAGGGAACAGAAAUUACUAUCGCAUUUGAUUUUGAUUAUGGAAAUUGUAAAUACAAAGUGGAUUGCGCUUGCCUCAAAGAAAAUCCUGAAUGUCCUGUUCUUAAACAUGGUUCCGAACCUACAGAAAACAUCAAUACUGGAUAUGAGACUAGAAGGAAAAAGGGAAAGAAAGAAAAGGACAUUUCAAGAGAAAAGGAAACACAAAAUCAGAACAUCACACUUGAUUGUGAAGGAACAGCCACAAAAAUGAAGAUUCCUGAUAAUAAGCAGAGGAGACUUUCUCCCCUCAGGCUGUCCAUUUCCAAUAAUCAGGAGCCAGAUUUUAUUGAUGAUAUAGAAGAAAAAACUCCUAUUAGCAAUGAAGUAGAAAUGGAAUCAGAGGAGCAGAUUGCAGAAAGGAAAAGGAAGAUGACAAGAGAAGAAAGGAAAAUGGAAGCUAUUCUGCAAGCUUUUGCCAGACUAGAAAAAAGAGAAAAAAGAAGAGAACAGGCUUUGGAAAGAAUCAGCACAGCUAAAACUGAGGUUAAAUCAGAAUGCAAGGAAGCCCAGAUUAUCAGUGACACUGAGUUUAUUCAGGAAUCAGCAAAAGAGGAAACUGCCACCAAGCCAACCCCUGCCAAAGUUAAUAGAGCUAAACAAAGGAAAAGUUUCUCUCGGAGCAGAACACAUAUUGGACAGCAGCGUAGACGACACAGAACUGUCAGCACAUGUUCAGAUAUCCAGCCAUCUUCUCCAGAUGUGGAAGUCGCUUCACAACAGAAUGAAACUGAGAACACUGCACUUGCAACUGAGCCUGAAACAGAAACUGCUGUUGCAGAAAUAGUCACUGAAACAGAAGCUCCAGCACUUAAUAAAUACCCUGCUAAGUAUCCUAAAACAAAGAAGCACUUGGUCAGUGAAUGGUUAAGUGAGAAGAAUGAGAAGACAGGAAAGCCUAUAGAGAACCCUUCAGAAAGGCCUUUGCGUAUAACUACAGAUCCUGAAGUUCUGGCUACACAACUGAAUUCUUUACCAGGCCUCACUUACAGUCCACAUGUGUAUUCUACUCCUAAGCACUAUAUUCGUUUUACUUCACCAUUCCUUUCAGAAAAAAAAAGGAGAAAAGAACCCAUGGAAAACAUUACUGGCUCUUGCAAGAAGCGUUGGUUGAAACAAGCUUUAGAAGAAGAAAACUCAACAAUGAUAGACAGAUUUAAUUCUCCAACUCAAGAAAGAUCUAGGAGUCCUGUGAUCAAUGGUGAAAAUAAAAGUCCAUUAUUACUGAAUGACAGCUGUUCCUUACCAGAUCUAACAACACCAUUAAAAAAACGAAGACUCUAUCAGCUGUUGGAUUGUGCUUAUUCAGAAACCUCCACACCUAUUCCUUCUCCAUAUGCAACACCAACUCAUGGUGAUAUCACUGCCACAGACCCAUCAUUGUUUGCUACUCCUCCUAGGAUAAAAGCAGAAGAUGAAACUUGUAAGAAUGGUUACAAACCCAUAUAUUCACCAGUUACUCCUGUGACUCCAUGUGUACAUGGAAAUGCCAUGCACUUUGAGAAUAUUUCCUCACCCGACAGUUCCCCAGAAAUUAAGAGGAGAGCUUACUGUCAAGAGGGAUAUGACAGAUCAUCCACAGUACUAGCACUAAAUUCUUUCAGAAAUUCCAGUCUGACAGAAAUGGGCCUGCAAGAAAUAAAGACUAUUGGAUAUUCUAGUCCAAGAAAUAGGACUGAUGUCACAAGGCAGUGCACUGGAGAAAAGGAAUCUCUAUCAGACCUCCAGUUGGGACUCGAAGUAAUUGAGCAAAGUACACUGCAUAAAAACUUGGAAGCCCCUUCACACGACAGGACUGAUUCUAACAGCCACCUAGAAACUGCUCACUGUGGACGGGGUACGAUUUACUCUACAUGGGUAAAAAGCCCAGACAGGACAGGUGUAAAUUUUUCAAUGAAUUCUAAUUUAAGGGACUUAACACCUUCACAUCAGUUGGAAGUAGGAGGUGGAUUCAGAAUAAGUGAAUCAAAGUGCCUGAUUCAAGAUGAUGCAAGAGGCAUGUUUAUGGAAGCAUCUGUUUUCUGUACUUCAGAAGAUGGAAUUGCAUCUGGCUUUGGAAGGACUGUCAAUAACGACAUCUUGAUGGAUGGAAAUUGCACGCCCCAGAAUCCUCCACAAAAGAAAAAGGUGUCUUUAUUAGAAUACCGAAAGAGACAACGAGAAGCUAGAAAAAGUGGCUCCAAGACAGAGAGCUUUUCUCUGGUUACAGUAUCUCCUCAUGCUGCUGGUGGAGGAAGUAUAAGCAGUAACAGUGGUGCUAAUGAUGGGUAUAACAGUGGUGAAAAUGGGGAGCAAAUUGAUAACACUGCUAACGUAUCUUUACCACUGACAGCUACUGUUUAUAAUACAACUCCAGAAGAAACUAGCAACAAUUGUCCAACUAAAGAAGCUUCUUCCAGUGACAAAAAUGAACCCGAAGUUCAAUGGACUGCUUCAACUUCAGUGGAACAAGUGAGGGAGCGAAGUUAUCAGAGAGCUUUACUUCUCAGUGAUCAUAGGAAAGACAAGGACAGUGAUCCUGAUCCUGAAAAUCCAGAGUCCACAACUGAAUGUCAGUCCCCAGAAACGUCUCAGAAAACUUGUAGUAGUCCUUCAAAAGUAAGCAAGCCUUCUUCACCUGGUCCUGUAGUUUCAGUGCAAUCAAUUGGCAGAACACCCACAAAACCAGAUUCUCACUGGGAAACUUCAGUUAAUGCUCCAGAGACUGAGAAUGUGAACCAUCCGAAAUCUGAGCUGCAACAAAAACAACUGACAAAUAAUGUCCAAGUACUUUCAAAAACUCACCCAUCUCAGUCGCAUUUGCGCAGUUCAACAGAGCAACUUUGCCAUUCACAAAAGCUGCCUUCUGCACCUUUGAAACUGCAUUGUCCCCCUUCACCUCAUGUAGAAAAUCCUCCAAAGUCGUCUACUCCUCACACACCUGUACAGCAUGGUUAUCUUUCACCAAAGCCUCACUCACAACAGUUAGGAUCUCCGUACAGACCUCAUCAUCCACAGUCACCUCAAGUUGGAACACCUCAGAGAGAAACACACAGAAGUUUUUAUCCAGCAGCACAGAACCUACAGCCUGGUAGUCAGCAGCAGGCUAGUGGACAGUUGUUCACCCAGGCACCUUCAGGACAAUCUUCUGCAACUUAUAGUCAGUUUAGCCAACAAAGUUUGAACAACAGUGCGCCACCCCCACCCCCUCCCCCACCCCCUUCGUCUACUUACUAUCAAAACCAGCAGCCCUCUGGAAGCUUUCAGAGUUAUAGUCAGAUAAAGGGUAGCAUACCCCAACAAACUGUUUUCUCGUCUGGACCAAAUCAAGCACUUCCUGGCACUACAGGCCAGCAAGCAGUCCCAGGACACCAUGUAACUUCAGGGCACUUUUUGCCCUCUCAGAACCCUAGUAUUCAUCAUCAGGCUUCAGCAUCUGCUGUUCCUCCUCCACCACCACCUCCACCUGCUCCAGGACCUCAUCUUGUACAGCAGCAAAGUUCCCAUCAGCAGCAUUCUGUAGCACACGUAGUAGGUCCAGUUCAUGCUGUGGCAGUAGCACCUGGAUCACACAUUCAUUCUCAAGCUGCUGGUCACCAUUUGCCACCUCCACCUCCACCCCCAGGUCCUCUACCCCUCCAUCAACCUCAUUCCACAACUGGACAUCAAGGUCUACAAGCACAACACCAGCAUGUAGUAAACUCAGCUCCUCCACCUCCCCCACCUCCACCCUCCAAUGUUUUAGGCUCUGGGCAUCACCCAGCCUCAGCACAAGGGUUACAUCAUCCAUCACAUCAAGGACCUCCACAUUUUCCUUCAAGUGCAUCUUCCUAUUCACCACAAACUCCCCAUCAUACAACCUUGGGACCUGCACCUCAGCAUCCACCUACUGGAACAGGACCUCACUGUCCACUACCAGGUCAAGGUCCUCAUAUCCAACCUCAAGGACCAAACAGUAUUCCAACACCUACAGCUUCAGGGUUCUGUCCUCAUCCUAGCUCUGUAACCCUUCCUCAUGGGGUGCAAGGACCUCAGCAGGCUUCACCAGUGCCUGGACAAAUUCCUAUUCACAGAGCACAGGUGCCACCAACUUUUCAAAAUAAUUACCAUGGUUCUGGGUGGCAUUAAAAUGGGACCCUUGCUCCUAAACAUUUUAAAAAUGUUUCUGUAAAGUAAACUGUAUAUAUUUCAUAUGUACCUGUUCAAGGUACUUUUUAAAGCUUGUACAUGAUACUUUGUAUAAAAGCAAACACCAGUGCUCUUUCAUUGUAUUCUUUCCAUUAUUUUUGCUUUUUUAAAAUUCCUGAAAAAUGUGCUGUUCAGCCAGUAUUAGGUAUAUCUUUUUAUUUUGUAAGUGAACAUUCCAGCAGUUUUUUCUGGCAGAUUUGAUGCUGCAUAAUCUUUCAAUUUUAUUGUUGCAGUUAAAAUUCAUUUAGUGAAUGUUUUCUAUAUUACUUUUUAUACAUAUGUAAUUAAAUAAGUACACUGAUAAGAGAUGGCACGAAUAGGUUUUUCAUUUUCUUCUGUCAACAGUUCUUUGUGUGCAUAUUGCUAGAAAACAAUGCAAUACAAAUUUUUAUAGUUUGGCGUGGACAUGACUUUUGUUUCAUCAGUUACUUGCAAAAAUGUAAAAUUUAAUGUAUAGAUUGUUUCUAAUAUCUGACAACUGCUGUAAAUACUGUUUCUUUUGCGUGUAAAAUUGCUUAAGGCGCCUUUCAUUUGAUAUAGUACUGUACAUAAUGACAAGUCUCUUUUGCAAAAAUGUGUGAUCUUUGUGGAAGUAGUACAGUAUAUGAUCUUCAAUUUUUUAAUAUACUGUCACAUUACAGCACUGGUUGGGCAUUUUAAUUCAUGUUAAUAAAUCACAAUUAUGUCAGUUUUAACCAACUGGCCCUGAGUGGUGUGUAUUUAAGGAAAAAUAAGAUUUGGUGACUGGGACCCGCUAGCUCUGAAGGUAUCCCUACUGCCAGCAGCAGCACAAAAGCAAAGGUGACAAUAGAUAACACUCUUAAUUCUCUGCUGUCUUCAGAACUGGGUGCACUGCUAGCAGCUGCUGCUGCUGUUCCCGUCUUGCUCACUUUAAAGGUAGGGGAUGUAAACUACUACAGACACAAAGUGGGGGAGGGGAGGGAAUCAAGUAAGUUUGAGAUCCACUGCAUUAAAGGUUAGGUUUUUUUUUUUUUUUUGCUGAUCUUAGUGAUUAGAGAUGAGGAAAAAACUACUUGAAAUAUCAAUGUAGUGUCAGUUUACUGAAACAUGUUACAUUAUACAAAACUAAUCCACACAGUUUAUGCAUUGUACAUGAUCAAUAUUAAUACACUGGUACAGUUACAGACUAGAUCCAUACCAAAUCUGAUUCAAAUAUUGGUUAUUCUGAUCUAGAAGACAGACCACAGUAGCAUUUGCACAUACUUUUAGGUAUGUUUUCUAUUCUAAAAGUUCAAAGCAGAAUUCCAGUUGUGGCAACAUUAAUGAUGUCAGAUUUUGCAUUUCUGAAAUGCAGCACUUAAAACAAAUGACUACCUACACUGUGAAGACAUUUCAAAAUAAAAAUGACAAAAUUAUGAAGUUUUAUUACCAAGAGGAGAUGAGCACAUUUUUGUGGCUAGAGAGUAACAGAUUUAACAAAACAUGAAUAUAUACAGGCUGCCCCCAACUUGUGAUGCGAUCAGCUCCAGGGAUAGUGCCACAAGUUGGCAUUGUAACUCAAGCCCGCAUUUAUGAUAAGUGUCAUACGCCAUCGUAAAUGCAGGGCUGAGGAUGUAAGUCGGGGGAUUUCAGCCCCUUCCGCGCUUACAGAAAAGAUAAUUAAGUGCGGGGAGUCAUAAAGCGGGGGCCUCCUGCACCUAUGAUAAGAUAAUCUUUGUGCUAACUAAAAUCCUGCCACUAUGCUUGAAUGCAGCUAUUUAUAAUCCCUUUAGUCAUAUUAAAUACCAAUCUGUGGAAGGACAAAUUAUUUCAGAUUUUAAGCUAAUUUAGUGGGUUGUAUAUAAUUUUAAUGAAACAAUACAAAUUUAAUUAGCCUUGCAAAACUAGCUGAAUGUAUGUGGGCAUCAAGUAACUUUUCUACUAUAGCUGAAUGCAGAUGUUAGUGCUUUAAGAAUCAAGAACAUCCACUAGUUUAUAAAAAGCUAAUAUGCAAGACUAAGUUAAGAGGAACUGUUGUUUUGUCUUAAUGUGCAACUGCUACUUUGCAACUGAAAACACAUUGGACUGGUAAGAGUAUUAGAAAUCAAUUUUCUUACUAACUCCAGGAAAGAUCAUUGUUCCAUUGCUAUUUAUAUCCUUGUCUUUUCCUCUGUGUCUAGCAACCAAAGUCUACUAGGAAUUGACCAAGACCCAUCAACUCUUUUAUUAAAAGAUCAAAUAGCUUACAAUCAAUGCCAAUGACCAGAGCCCAGCACUGAAAAAGUAAGAGUGGGUUAUUCAUCCUCUGCAGUAACUGACAUUCUUUGAGAUGGGUGUCCCGGUGCAUGCUCCAUCUUAGGUGUUUUGCUGCCGCAAUGCACCUGGCCAGAAGAUUUUAUUAGUAGAGGCUUUGACUGCUAGCAUGCAUAUGUGCAGAAACACUACACACACUAGGUGGCUGAGGCGCAUGCACGAGAUACGGUCACCUCAGUUCCUCCUUUGCCCCAGAAAAGUAUGGAAAUAAUAUCCAAGCUGUGGGGGGAGGAAGGGUGGAUGGUGGAGCACCCACAAUGACACCCAUCUCGAAGAACAUAAAUUACUGCAGAGAAUGAGUAACCCUCCUUUUUCUUUGAGGAGUGUCCCUGUGGGUGCUCCACCUUAGGUGACUACAAGCUUCGGACCGUGUAGUAUCCUUUUGGACCGUGGUAAGGAUUGUAUGUCCCAACACAGUUUCUCUGGAUGUGUAGGAGUCUAGAGCAUAGUGAGCAGCAAAUAUAUAAGUAGAGGACCAGGGGACCAUAUCCAAUUUGCAUCUAUUGGCCAGAGAGAUGCCCUGUACACAGGCUGUUGAUGCUGCCAUGGCCCUCGUUGAAUGUGCACAAAGGUGUGCAGGUGGUUCUUUUCCGAAGAUUGAAUAUGCUAUUCAUAUGCAUUAUACUAUCCGUUUUGAGAUCCUUCUCCCUUGACAUUGGUGCUUUCUAGGGUCAUAUUGUCUUUGAGAAUGACCAAAAAGGGAAAAUCUGUAUCUCUGAACAUAAGGAUUGGGUUUUUUUUGUAUUUUGGUGCAAGAGCCUGGAUGCCCAGCAUUUUAAGUGUGGCCCUGGCAUCUUUGAGGGACUGUAAAGAAGCAUUUGUGCCAUCAGCGAAGAGCUUCGGGCCCUCGAACGAAAGGUCUUCCACCUUCGUCUGGACCUCCUUUAGGAAACCAGAGCGGUGGAGUCAGGAGGCUCUUCUCAUCACCACAGAGAUGGCCAGGACUCAUGAAGCUGUAUCAGGACUCAUGAAGCUGAGUCCAAAGCAGUUUGGAAGGCUGUUCUGGCUAUCAGGAGACCCUUGUUGGUGUUCACUCUCAUUUGUUCUAUUUUAUCCUCUGGGAGGAACUGAAUAAAAUCUGCAAUUUGCUCAAAUAUGUGAUGAAUGUAAUUAGCAAUGUGUAGCUGUAGGGAGACAGAGGAGUAUGACCAUCUGCCCAUUAUGUCUAGUCAUUUCCACUCAUCAGGAGGGGUGCAUUUGGCAACUUGCUCCGCUGAUUCACUGCCUCAAUUAGUAUGGAGUUAGGGGAGGAACGUGAGAAUAAAAACUCAGCAUCCUGAGGAACCAUGUAAUAUUUCCUACCCACCUUCUUGCUCACUGGGUGGUGGGUGUUUGCCAAAGUUGCUUGGCUGGGUCCAUGAGGGCGGGAUCCAUGGGGAGAACGAGCCUCAUGGAUGAAGCGGUAUAGAAGGAUGCUCGUAAGUUUAUGCUGGGUCUCUGGCAGUGUGGCUAAUGAGACCUCUUGAAAAGGUCUUGGAAAGCCUUGAAAUCAUCCCCAGAUAGGGCUUGCAGAGGCAUGAGUGUGUCCCCAGGGGAGGAAGGAGAGAUGUGUGUAAGUGGGUGAGGAAGUAGUGGAUUCCUUGUUGCCAGUGUGGUAAGGCUGCUUGUAAGUGAGGGAAUUUGCACCUCUGCGUAGUGUCUGGGAGGAGUUGAGAUCAUGAUAGAAGCCUGAUCCUCCUCACCAGAGAACAGAGGUAUGGAAGUGCCAGGCAUAGACAUGGAAAACCCCUCGGAGUGCGAGGAGGAAUCAGUGGCAAACAAGGGUGUCACGGGCACUGAAGAGAUCAUAGAAUAGUCUGUGGACCAAAAAGGAGGCACUGGUGGUAAAUAAUAUUAUAUGCUUUGGCUUUGCAAGCAGAGGGGCUGGUGCAGGUGCUGGGGGAGGUAACUGCGCUCUGGUCCCUGCGCUGCCUUUACGUACAGCAAUGCUUGGUGUCGGUAAGACCGAUACUGUUGUAGCCCUGUGCUGUUCAAACAUGACAGGCUUGGGCUUAUCAGCAUGUUUAGGUACAAUGACCAAGUCCUUAGACCCUCGAGACACAGUGGGUGAACACUGCCCUAGUAAGUGCUUAUCUGGAUCCCCAGCAGGGACGGAGCUGGCUUAGAGUUCAGGGAUCACCCUUUCUUAUGUGAAGGGGAUUCCCUCUUUGCUGCUACAUCAUGUGCUCGCUUCUGUUUGGAAGAGGCACAGCUGCACCAGUGGGAACUGCUUUAUCCAACAUCACCGCUGGUGAUAGUAAUAGCAAGGAUGCAGGGUGGCCAGGGUCUGACGCUGGUCUGAGGGAGUGUUUGAGGUAGAUCCAGGUGGAGCUGCAAACCCUCUGGCUCUCCUGCCCUGGCUGCCAAAUUUUCACUGAUGACAGUAAACUGCGCUGUAAUUGUCCAGACAGUGUAUGCACUGAAAGUGCUAGUCUGACUGCAAGUUUGAAAGCAUGUGAGGAGAAAACAGUGUUUAAAACAGAGCCCCUGCUUGGGAGAACGCUGUGAAAAAGACGAAGAAAAAAAAUAUUAAAUCUGUGGAAAAAAAAUCACACUCAGUCUUAUGUGAGGAGGAUGGAGCUGAAGCUGAGGGAAAAGAAACUCCUCAGUGCAGGAGAGAGGAAUCCCCUGAGGGGAAGCACAGGUUGCAGAGCCCGCACCUCUCUCUGUGUCUGAGGAAGACACUUGGUUGUCUUUCUCUUUUUUUUGGGGGGGGGGGGGGGA